AUGCAGUUCUCCAUGCUCAAGGUCGCAGUCGCCGCUCUGGCCGUCUGCAGCGAUGUCGUCAUGUCUCAGGCUACCCCUGCCCAGGUCGUCACCAACAUCCAGACGCUCACCACAAAGUCGCAGGCGCUGCAGGGCCCGGCGCAGUCCAUCAACCUCAGCAACGCGGUCCAGCUGCUUCUGGGACAGGGACCAAUGACGCAAGUCAUCACCGGCUUGACCGACAUUAUCAGCACGGCCACUGUGUUCCAGGCUCAAAUGCAGAGCAUCGCCGCCCCGACCGAAACCGAGAUCGGCAACAUCGUCAACGCUUUCCGCGAUUUGAGCCGCGUGCAACAGACUCUCCUCAACACCCUGACCGCCAAGGCUGGCAUCAUGAACACUCUGCCCUUCAUCGGCGCGCCCAUGGCUGCUGUUCUCCGACAGCUUGAGAAUGCUCUCGACACCCUUGCCUUUCGCCUCAUUGACCUGGUCGGAUCGCGCGCUACCGAUCUGCAGUCUCAGGCCAGCAGCCUCGGGCAAAGCCUCUCGACCGCCAUCGCCGCCUACUCUGGCAAUGCCGGUAUCAGCAAGAAGCGCAGCCUCAGCCGCCGCGACGCCUUCCGCGCCGCUCUCCGCGCUUAA